CAGGGACGCCAGGGCUCACAGGUUGGAGGCGGAGACGAGACCCGAGGUGCGGCACGCAGCCACUACGGGGGAGGAGGCGUGGUCUCGUGGCGAGAAACCGACUGGAGCGGUGGCCAUUGGCUCUAGACUACGUCACGCAGGGAGGGAGGGGGCACGCGUCGUGACCCUGGGAGUGGACUUUGUCAGGCCUGCCACCCACUGCCGGAUCCUAACCAGGCCCGAGCGCAGCCUGCAGCCGGGACUCUGGCGGCCUCUCCUGGCCCUGCACGCCAGAAACCAAUACCCAGAGGAGGUGCCUUUCUCAGGCAAGGGUUAGGCGGCCGGACUGAGGAAGAUUCUCGGUUUUCCUAGUCUUCAGCCACCGAAGGAGGGUCUUGGUGCUCCAAUCGGAGAAUGAAUUACGCUCGGUUCAUCACCGCCACGAGCGCGGCCAGAAAGCCUUCUACCAUCCGAGUCAUGACUGAAAUACUGAGCAAGGCACCGAAAUCUGUCAUCUCCUUGGCAACUGGGGCACCAAACCCCAACACGUUCCCUUUCAAGACUGCCGUUAUCACCAUAGAAAACGGAAAACCCAUCCAGUUUAAUGAACAGAUGAUGAAGAGAGCACUGCAGUAUUCUCAGAGUGCUGGAAUCCCAGAGCUGUUAUCCUGGCUAAAACAGUUACAAGUAAAAUUGCAUAAUCCGCCCACCAUCCAUUAUGCACCCAGCCAAGGGCAGAUGGACAUAUGCGUCACAUGUGGCAGCCAACAAGGUCUCUGUAAGGUGUUUGAAAUGAUCGUUAAUCCUGGAGAUAAUAUCCUUGUAAAUGAACCUGUUUAUUCAGGAACAAUUCAUGCUCUGCAACCCCUGGGCUGCAACAUGAUUAAUGUUUCCAGUGAUGAGCACGGGAUUAUUCCAGACUCCCUCAGAGAAAUACUUUCCAAAUGGAAACCAGAAGAUUCAAAGGACCCUGAGAAAAACACCCCCAAAUUUCUUUACACUGUCCCAAAUGGCAACAACCCUGCUGGGAACUCGUUAACAGCUGAGCGCAAAAGGGAAAUCUAUGAGCUCGCAAGAAAAUAUGACUUCCUCGUCAUAGAAGAUGAUCCUUACUAUUUUAUGCAGUUCAACAAGCCCUGGGCACCGACAUUUCUCUCCAUGGACGUGGAUGGGCGUGUCAUCCGAGCUGACUCUUUUUCCAAAGUCCUGUCCUCGGGGUUGAGAAUAGGGUUUAUAACUGGUCCAAAGCCCUUGAUUGAGAGAAUUGUUUUACACAUACAAGUUUCAACAAUGCACCCCAGCACUUUUGCUCAGCUCCUGGUCUCACAGCUUCUAUACCAAUGGGGAGAAGAGGGCUUCCUGGCUCACGUAGACAGGGUUAUUGAUUUCUACAGGAAGCAGAGGGAUGCAUUAAUGGCAGCAGCAGACAAGUGGUUAAGUGGUUUGGCAGAAUGGCAUGUUCCUACUGCAGGAAUGUUUCUGUGGGUUAAAAUUAAGGGCAUUCAUGAUGUAAGAAAAUUGAUUGAAGAAAAAGCCUUUAAGAAAGAGAUAUUCAUGCUUCCGGGAUGUGGUUUCUACAUUGAUAGUUCAGCUCCUUGCCCCUACUUCAGAGCAUCCUUCUCUUCAGCUUCUCCAGAACAGAUGGACUUGGCCUUUCAGAGAUUGGCCCAACUUAUAAAAGAAUCUUUAUGAAGAAAUCAAACUCUUCAUAGCACUCAUGGAUUUCAGAUGCUAUGUAUUUAUCUGUAUUUCACCAAGAAGAAGCAAUCAUUGGUGCUAUCUGAUUUACAGAUAGGGUUUCACUAAAUAUGUCAUGCCUGUAGUAAUUUAACUACACAACUUUCAAAGUGCCCUUGAACCCAUCAGAUCUCCAAAAUAUAUUUAUAAUUCAUCCAUAUCUUUUGAUAAAUAUUCAACCCACACAGUUAAUUUUAUCCUGGAUUUUAUUGUAAAGAACUCUGUAUUCACUUUAUAAUUUCCCAUAAAUCUUCUUUGAAACUGA